CCAUAAGAGGAUAUCAGAUCUAGAGCUGGAGUUGCAGGCAGUUAAACAGAACUCUGGUCCUCUGCAAGAGCAGUAAAACGACCCUUCUGAUGACACCAGGAUUGUCUAAGGGCUGGAAAAGUUCAUAAAUGUUUUUAGAAGUUUAGCUCUCAAAAUGGGCAGAAUCUUCCUUGACCAUAUCGGUGGUACCCGUCUGUUUUCUUGUGCAAACUGUGAUACGAUCCUGACCAACCGCUCAGAACUCAUCUCUACGAGGUUCACAGGCGCCACCGGUAGAGCGUUUCUUUUUAACAAGGUAGUUAACUUGCAGUACAGUGAAGUUCAAGAUCGGGUCAUGCUCACUGGCCGCCACAUGGUUCGAGAUGUGAGCUGCAAAAACUGCAAUAGCAAACUGGGCUGGAUCUAUGAGUUUGCUACUGAAGACAGCCAGCGUUAUAAGGAAGGCCGUGUGAUCCUGGAACGUGCACUAGUUCGAGAGAGUGAAGGCUUUGAGGAGCAUGUACCAUCUGAUAACUCUUGAAGAAGAAAGAUAAAUCCAUCUUUUCCCAGGUCUCCUUCACUGAAAACAAAAAUCUACUUACAUACACUGUCACCUUAGCAUCAGAGUCGGAUUCAUGAACUGCGGAACAAGAGGGUGUGAGAAUCUUGAGAUAGAAUCUUUCUUUCUCUCUCUUUUUUUUUUUUUUUUUUAAUUUUGUAUUUCCCAUCCAACAGCAGUUUGUAGAGAGAAUAUUUUGCAGAUGCCGUUAAUUUUUUCCCUGUGUUUACAUCUUGAGGCAGAAGAGUCUGCAGCUACAUGGUGGGCUAUAUGAGGGGAAAAAAUUGGGGCUCCUAGAGUGAAAAGGAGUGUUUUGUGUACAUUUUGAGUAGAGAAUAUGUCAAGAGCAUGGUUUUUAAACUUAUUUGGGCUUCAUUUUAAACUUUCUUUUAAACCCAGUUAUUUCACUUAAUUUGCUAGCUUCAAGAAGAGAUCCGAAUCUGUGCCUGGCGCUGGAGGCUCAGUGUUAGCAUGGCUUGUGCUGGCCAGUGUGCCAUAUUCUUGUUGGAGAGGAACUGUAGCACCAGAACCCAUUCUUCCUUGUCAGUCUUGACCCACAGAUGUCACCUUCCCUAGCUCCUUGUCACCAUGUACUUGGUGUUGAUUGGAAGCUUUCUGAAAUGGGGCAGAACUGCUUGGCUGUCUUUCCCAUGUAACUUAAGCAUAGUAAUAUAAAUAAAGUGAUAGUUGGA